GUGUCCGGUCUGGAAGGGGGUGAAAGUGUCCGGACUGGAAGGGGGGUGAAAGUGUCCGGACUGGAAGAGGGUGAAAGUGUCUGGACUGGAAGGGGGGGAAAGUGUCCGGACUGGAAGGGGGGUGAAAGUGUCCGGACUGGAAGGGGUGAAAGUGUCCGGACUGGAAGGGGGUGAAAGUGUCCGGACUGGAAGGGGGUGAAAGUGUCCAGACUGGAAGGGGGUGAAAGUGUCCGGUCUGGAAAGGGGUGAAAGUGUCCGGUCUGGAAGGGGGGUGAAAGUGUCCGGACUGGAAGAGGGUGAAAGUGUCCGGACU